UUGGAGGGCCAAGCCUCAGCAGCAGGUCUCAUACACUGCAUUUGUGUAUAUGGAGCUGAAACUUCCCAACAGACAGACUGACACUCUUUUCCCUCCUUCUUUCCCCUCCUCCAGCACACCUUUGUGUUGUUUUCCUUACCCUCUCCCUUCCCCCCUCCCUCUUCAGUCUCAUCAGUUUUCCCUCUGCUCUGUCUUCUGUGCUCAGAUUUUUGUUAGUGAGCAACCUGAAAGUGUACAGGACAAGAUGCUGCUGAUGUUACAGCUGUUUGGACUGCAUGUCUCCUCCAGGGCCCACUGAAGAAAUCAAGAGUCUACAUGUGCCAAGGAGCAACACAACACCCAAAGGAAGGAAGACUACUACUUUUUUAACCCUUUUCCUCAGCAGUCAGUUGCAUUUUUAAGACUCUGGAACAGCCUUGGAAAAGCCUUAGAAAAACAAAAUGUGGACCAAGUGGUGCCAGCUUAUAGCACAGGUCUUUCUUUUAGGAGUGUUCCUCUCUGCUGUGCACAGUAAAGGGACUUUCUAUGGAGGCCAUGUCAACCCUUUCUAUGGAAACAGAUACAACCUCUACAAGGCUGGGCUCAACCCUCACCACUCACCAAACAAGCCCAUGACCCGUCACAAAAACCACUGUGCCUAUGUGGUCCAGAAGAACAUCACAUGCAUCAUGCAGGAUGGAGUGGCAACCUACGUGAAGGCUGAGUAUACCACCAAGUGUAUCUGGGGUCAGAAAUGCCCUGUUGUGAUGUAUAGGACAUUCUACAAGCCAAAAUACAAGGUUGGUUUUAAAACAGUGACGGAGCUCGAGUGGAGAUGCUGUCCCGGCUAUUCUGGAGAAAACUGCUAUGAUGGACCCACAUCACUACCAGAUAUUGCAAUGCCACCUUUCAAGGGUGCAGCUUUUCCCCAUCGCCCGAGUCUGAAAGGUUUCCCCCAUGGCCCUAGGCUCCCUGUUGAGCAGAAGCCUGGAGAGGGCCAGCUGGAGCCAGGCAAACCUGUCCCCAGUAUACCCACAGGAAAGUCAAAUGGCAACAAAUUUGGCAUUUCAGGGGUAACUGGGGAGCGCUUGGACCGUAUGGAAGAGGACCUGCGUCGUCUUACCCAGGGUCUAGACACUCUUAAUGGGGUGGUGGCUGGUCUUGAGGAGAGACUGCGCACAUCCCUCCGUGAAGACACCAAUAAAAUCCUGGUAUCCUUGCUGCAGAACACGCCCCGUGUGCCUGACUCUACAGUGGGAUUUGGGGUGAUCCCAGAGGGGACUCAUGAUGGAUUGGAUGGAGCAGAAAGCUUUAUUGGAUUUGGAGAUUUAGCAGGGAGAGUGACCGAAGUUAGGGAUGAGCUGCGGGCCAAGACUCAUAUUCUAGAGGAGAUUCAGGGGAUGGUCCUUGGUCAUGAUGGCCAGCUGAAGAAGCUCCUGGAAGGAGCUAUAGGCAGGCCCAUCCCUGGCCCUGAUACCAAUUUGUAUCUGGAUGAAAUCUUAAAUACCAAGAUGGCAGGUAUAAGGGCUGAGAUCCUGGAUGGCUUCGAGCGCCGUCUGACAGGCCUAGAGCAGCACUGUGAUCAGAGGAUCGGGGAGGUGCAGAGGGAGUGCCACAGGGAGCACAUGGAUGGCCAGCAACAGAUACAGCAAUCUCUGGAUGGCAGAGAAACUGGACUCAGGGAGGAGUUGGGCACUUUGCAAGCUCAGAUUCAAGGUCUAACUCUGACUGAGAGCUGCUGUGGACAGGUGAACAGUCUGUCUCAACGUGUGUUGCUGCUAGAAGAGUCGGUUAAAGAUUUGACGGAAUCACAGAGGCAGCUUCAGAUAGCACUUGGUCAACAAACCAUUCACAUAGACACCCUGAUUGAGACUCGACUUGUGGACAUAGAGAGCCGACUCAAUGCCACCAGUGGUGGACUUGAUGGGGUAGAAGGGCUUCCUGGUGGUCUGGAUGGCUUCAAGACUCUAUUGGAGGACAAGCUGAAGACCCUAGAGGAGAGAGUGGCUGUGGCCGUGGAAGAGCUGAGUAAUGUCACUGCCCCGGCUCUUCUAGAAGGACAGGUGGUCCCAGCUCUGGAGACGGAGAUUGAGUCAGUGAGGAGGAGAGUUGAAGGAGAUUUGGAUGGAAUUCAAAAACAGUUAAUAGACCUGGAGCUCCUCUGCACCUCCUGUUGCCCGCCCUCAACCCCACCAGUAGGGGGUGUCACCGGCACUCAAGUAGAGAAGGAGUGUGAAAAGAUGGAGAAGAAGAUGACAGGCCGUCUGGACUCUCACUCUAAUCAGCUGGAUCGCUUAAACAACACCCUGCAAAACUUGCUCUUCAGGAUAGCUCAGGAGGAAACAGAAGGCUCUAUCCAGGGAGAGAUCACACUGCUCAAGGUCAACAUCAACUCUGUGAACCGCACUCUGAAGGGCCUAAAGGACUCUCUUAGCUUCAUUGCAAGUGAAGUGGGACACGCUAAUUCCACAUGGGAGCAAAGAGAGCACCAACUAGUCAACCAAGUGCAAGGAAUCACCAAACUCAUGGGCCACCAAGCCUCCCUCCUUGGAGCUGGGGAGAGGCGACUGGCCCAGCUGAAGGGGGAGCUAGUAGCCUUGAAGCGACAGCUGGCAGGGGAACUAAAGGGCUGCCACAGCACAGCAAUAGAUGUACAGAAGGAGGUGAAGGAUGUCGAUAGCAGGGUGACCCAGGUAGAGGGCCAAUGCAGCAGCCUGAGCAAACUGGCUGAUCACCUGGAGCGGAUCCGGGCAGAGCUCGAGAGACACUCUGACUCCUACCUGUCCCAAGUGAAUGGUACCUUGGCCAUCCAUUCAGAACAGCUAGCUGAGCUGCAAGAUGAGGUCAAAGACUGCAAAGCCAAGGAUGCUGCCAAACACAAAGGAGACCAGUAGCAUUUCAGCUACAGAAUUUUUAAAAUAAAGACUUGUGUGUGAUUUUUAUUAGCCUUCCUUUGCUUCUGUCCUCUGUCUCUUAAAGCCAGUCUGCACAGAUGCAAAUUAACCAAACUGGUGAAAGUCAUUUCCCAUAAGCUUCUCACACCAGUACUUCCAGAUGUUCUGGGUAUUUAGUUAGGUGAUGUGAGAAGAGGAAGUCGUAGAAUACAAAGACAUGCCUAAGGUUGUACAGCUGGGCAAUAUUUUCUCUUGAGGUAUUAAUCUAGAGGGCAUUUCUCUGAUCAUGAUUGUUUUGUUUAGAUGUUUUACCUUUUUAACUUAUAUGAAGUGACUGGAUCGUUAUGACUUUAAACUGUUUAUAUUAGAGAAAUGAUAACAAAACACAGUGCUGCUAUGGGUUUUUGCUGAGAAGCACACUCAACACCCUCUGUGUGGACACUUGUUUUUUGAGAAUACUGUAUGUUCAACUU